AUGUCUCAUUGUGAUGAAAUAUUCGAAAAUCUUGCUCAACGCUGCUUCGGUGGCACUCAUCGCUCACCAUGGGGUCGCGUGAAAGCUGGCCUCCGGUGGCUUUCAUACGAUGCGUUGUACGAUGAGAAGGUCUUGGAAGAAUGCCUACAGAAGGUGUUCGGCCUUACCAGGCGGCUAUUUGAUCACAUAAAUGACAGAGUAUCAGGAACUCGAAUUGCUGUCUCCGCAAUGAUGGAUCGACAUACGCCAUCUAUCAUCACAAACUAUAACGGUUGCGAUAAAGGACAAAGGAAAGACUACACGCUGAUACGGCCAAAGAACAUCGAGGAUGAACUAUUUAUAUGGGAAGCAUCACCAGCGGACGUGCCACAUCUGCCGCGCCAGUGUACUUCGCUCACGCAAUCGGGAACUGGUGUUUUCGCUGAUGGGGGUCUCUGGGUUCCCAAUCCAAUUGACAUCGCACUCGAAGAAGCCGGUCGGUUGUGGCCAGAAAACCACCCUGAGGUUGUUCUUUGUCUAGGAACCGGCUAUGCGACAGACAAUGCGGCUAGUAAUACACAACCCACACAUGACCAUCUUAAGGCAAGCUCACUAAAGCGCCUGUGGUGGACAUUGAUGGGAUUCCUUGAUGGAAAGAUUCAGUUCAAGGACUCCGGAAAUUUGAAGAAUUUCUUCGUUAUUAACCCCAUCAUGUCUAGCCUACCGAAGUUAGAUGACAUCACAGGGCUAGCCAGUUUGAAACACACCAUUCGUCUCCAAUUUCAGAAAGAACUAGCCCAUAUCGCCCGUUGCCUGCUGAUCUCAAAUUUUUAUUUUGUGCUGGAUCAACCACCACAAUAUGAAGCCGGGUUUUACCGCUGCCGGGGUUCGAUUAGAUGCCGAACAAACUGUCGUGCGGUUACCAAAGCACUUGCAAAUCUGAAUAUAUCUCAAUUGCAGUAUAUUACCAGCACGGGGGUACAAAUUGCAUCAAAAAUGGAAGGGGAUAUAUGCAGCUCUUGCCAUCGCUAUCGAAGUGAAAUAGGAUUCAAUGUGAGGCAUCUAAAUGAGAUGAUCACCCUGUCUGCCGACUUGCUUGUCACUGUGAAAGUGGUGUAUUACACCGGAAACGCAGACUGA